AAAAUGGACCCGGUGUUAAUCAUAGACAUUGUGAAGGUGUCCGGUAGCGACAAAUGCAAAUAUGAACUAAAUAAGCCGGGUCUGGAUGGCAUACUGGCCAAAGUUGAGGACAGGCGGGUGGCCCUCGUAGUUGGUGUGGGAAAGGCAGGUGAGGGCAACUCAUUCCUGAUGAACAAGAUUGGACGCCAUCUUAUUAAUAGCAAAAGGUUUUGCCGAUCAAUGGGCGGGUACGACAUGGAUGAGUGUCUGUCCGAUGACACCGUUAUAAUUCCCGACCCCAGCGAACCAUUAUAUGGUUUCGAGUGGAAUACAGAGAUGAAUAGUCAGACCACUCGCGGGAUUUGGUUUUCGCAGCCCUUUAUUGUCCACAAAUCCAGUGGCGAAGAGGUGGCCAUCAUUUUGGUGGACACCCAGGGAUUGUAUGACGGAUUCUACGAUGAGAGGGAUUGGUCUACAAUUGUAGGCCUGAGUCUACUUAUGUCAUCGACACUUAUAUUCAAUGUAAGCAAAGAUCUCGGAGAGGAUAUUCUCCCAAGAAUACACUCAUUCUUCGACUAUGGACUCCAAGCCCUGAACUUAAUCGGGGAUACUGUUGAUGGGAACGGGAGGAAACCCUUUCACGAUGUUGUAUUUAUGAUCCGGGACUGGACCCGUCGGGACCCGCCCUACGGACUAGAAGGGGGUCAGAACUACCGGAACGCAAAAUUUGAGAUUAAAGGCGACCAGAGGGCUACAGCCAAACAGUCGCGACAAAUGAUUAUUGACAGCUUCGAGAGCUACCAGUGCUUUCUGAUGCCCAGCCCGGGACUGGUAGCCGUGAACGGCGAGUCCGGGUUUAACGGUAGUGCCAAUCAAUUGAGUGAUGAUUUCAACACAAAAGAUGAGUACGUGAAUGAGAUGGCAAUCCUAUCUCUGGACAAACCAUUCAGUGGUCGGACACAACUCACCGCACAAUCGGACGACUUGAUAGACAGUAUUAAAGCGAAGUUCAGUUUCCAUAAGAAGUCCACCGAUGAACCUGUGGUCCAGGAGCUGACGGCACUGUUAGCCCAAACACUGGACACGGCUUUCCAGUCAAUAUACACCGAGAAUGAGAACCGAAGGCUUACGACUACUAACGAUAUGAUCACUGAAUUGGUGGACGAGUUUAAGGCGGAUAUCAAUGAACACAUUACUCCCGAUGACUACAUCAGUGAUCAUACUUUAGCCAAAAUAGUGGACACAAAACGGGAACACAUUAUCUAUAGGUUUGACAUGUUUUGUGCGGUUGAGUCGCAAUUGUUUGACUCACAUAAGCAAAGGGAUGCCCACACCGACGUGGUGCCCAUAAUGCCCUACAAAGACUCCCUAUCUAGUUAUAUGCGGGACAAAUACCAGGCUAACCAACGUACAAACACCCAGCGCCGUGACUUGGAUACCAGUGCCAUGGAGACUGUUAUGUCUAACCUGAUGAAGGAAUACGAGGACGAACUCGAGCUCUGGAUAGAAAUGUCCAAUACGGAGGACAGGGAUGUGUUUCUGUCAGAGGCCCGGCUUAUCGGCACCCGUAUUGUUAACGAAAACAAGAAUCGCUAUAAUCUGAGACUCAAUUUACGUGAACUUCGGGACCAGAUUCAGACCAUAGCCUCCGAAAUGGUGGACGAGUUUGAAGAGCACGUGAAGAGCCGGCGCCGGGCCGAGGAAGGGCUCAUGAAAACGGUUAUCCAUUGGUAUAACGAGGAGAUCCGCAAAGAAAAUCCCGACAAAAAGUUUAUAAUACCGGAGCGGUUGGAAGGUAUUCAUCUGGAUUUAGUGAGACUUUGUUUAAAGAAGUUCCAACAUGAGCGUGGACAUAUUACCAAUGAUAGAUACGAGCGUAUAACACGUGACACCAUGGAAGUGGCAUAUAAAAAGGUGCAAGAUGAAAACGACCAAAACGCGCCUACUAUUCCCGCGAUCGGCAUAGACCUGGGCACAACCAACUCGUGUGUGGGCUACUACGACCCGGGCCGGCAAAACCCCGGACAGGUAAUCAUAUUCAAGAACCAGCGCCGGAACGACGUGACGCCCAGUUGUGUGGAGUAUAGGCCUAAUAAUGAGCGCCCGGUCGUGGGCGAAGAGGCAAAGGACAACCGGUUGGCGAACCCCCGGAACAUCAUAUUCUCCGCCAAACGGCUAAUCGGGCGCCGGUAUGACAACCCGGAAGUGCAGCACGACUUUGUCGACCCCAACACCAAACUAUACCCCUUCGAAGUGGUCGACGUGGGGGACAAUAGGGCGGGCUUGGAGGUCGAUGUGGACGGUGUGGUCGCUCGGUAUUUACCGGAAGAAGUGUCAGCCCACGUGUUAAGGAAGAUGAAAGAGGUGGCGGAGGAGAGGUUGGGGUACGCCAUACAAAAUGCCGUGAUAACUGUGCCUGCUUACUUCAAUGACGCCCAAAAGGAGGCUACAAAGGGGGCGGGAAUUAUGGCCGGACUCAAUGUGCUGAAGAUUAUCAAUGAGCCCACGGCGGCUGCACUGGCCUAUCAGUUGGAUAGGUUUGAUGAUAUACAGGCCCGGAAGGUGCUAAUAUACGAUUUUGGUGGUGGUACAUUUGACGUAGCUAUAUUAAAGCUGCAAAUGGGUCAGAUAGAGGUGUGCGCAGUGGGCGGGGAUAACCACUUGGGCGGUGAUAACCUGGAUAACAAUGUCAUAGAGCACUGCCUCAAAGAAUUCUACAGUCGGACGGGUAUCCUAAUCGACAGGACCAGCGCUGAGGGGGAACGGGCUCUCAGGCUAUUACGCACGCAAUGCGAGCGGGAAAAGUGGUUACUAUCGGAGGCCAUGUCGGCUACCAUUGCUGUGGACAAUAUCAUCGCCGGUCAUCACCUGGUGGUCGAACUGACUCGCGAUAGGUUCGAAGAGCUUAACGAACACCUGUUCAUUAGGACGAUGCAGUGCGUGGAUCGGGUGCUCAUCGACGCCGGUAUGUCCGUCGAUGAUGUAGACGAUGUCGUGUUGGUGGGCGGGUCUACGCAUAUACCCUUUGUUAAAAAUUUGAUCGAGGACCGUUUUGGUGGUAAACUAUCUACAAGAUUAGACACAGAGAAAGUGGAUCCAUUACAGGCUGUGGCUAAAGGGGCAGCAAUCCAGGCGGCUAUACUGAACGGAAAUCAGGCUCAAAAGCACCGGACCCUACGGGUGCUCGACGUCACACCACAUACUCUUGGCGUUAGGACUACCGGUGACGUGAUGUCGCCCGUAAUCCUGGCGCAGUCUCGGGUGUGCACACCGUUCACCAAAAUAUACAAAACUGUUUGCGACUAUCAGACGGACAUCGAUGUGGAGGUGUAUGAGGGCGAGGAUGCCGUCGCCACCCGUAACGACCUGUUGGGCAGGUUUACGGUCACAAACAUACCGCCUGAGGAGGCCGGCAGACAAAACAUAUCAGUCAUGUUUUGCGUGAAUGACGAGGGUAUUUUGAAAGUGAGGGCUGAGGUGCUGUCUAUGGGUACGGCCCACGAGAUUGAGGUCACGGAAUAUAAGGGGAGACUCAGUAUGGAUGAGCUGCUCAAACGCCGACAUUGA